AUGGACUGCUUUCACUCAGCAUUGAUUGCUAAAAUGCAUUGGGUUACACUUCUACUAGCUGGAUUGACUUUCUGGAGCAAAGUGUCCGUUCACAACUGCUUAGACUAUGAAGACAUUUAUGAUUAUUAUGAAGAGGAUAAAGCGGAGACGAUAGACUACAAGGAUCCAUGCAAAGCUGCUGUUUUUUGGGGAGACAUCGCGUUGGAUGAGGAAGACUUGAAAAUGUUUCAGAUUGACAGAACGAUAGACCUCAGAGAACACACACACGCCCGACAAGGCCACACAUCUGGAGGCCUUGGAGAACACGACGUCUCGAAGAAGAGGGGGUCGUUAUAUCUGCUUUUGGACAGAAUACGACAGCUCGGGUUCGAGUCAUGGUCAGAGAACUCCAGUAAGGAGGUGGGGAGCCCUAAGGCAGGUGUGAAGAGUGUGAAGAGUGUGAAGAGUGUGAAGGGAGGGCAGGUCGUGAAAUCUCGAGUUCCACGAGCCGCCACGUCGCGAGCAGAGAGAAUCUGGCCUGGGGGCGUCAUCCCCUACGUCAUUGGCGGCAACUUCACUGGCAGUCAGAGAGCCAUGUUUAAACAGGCCAUGAGACACUGGGAGAAGCAGACAUGUGUGACGUUCAUUGAGAAGACUGAUGAGGAGAGUUACAUCGUCUUCACAUACAGACCCUGCGGGUGCUGUUCUUAUGUCGGUCGCCGGGGUAACGGGCCUCAGGCGAUCUCCAUUGGGAAAAACUGCGACAAGUUUGGCAUCGUGGUGCAUGAGCUGGGUCAUGUGAUUGGGUUCUGGCAUGAGCACACAAGGCCUGACCGAGAUGAUCAUGUGACCAUCAUCAGAGACAACAUUCAGCCAGGUCAGGAGUAUAAUUUUCUCAAGAUGGAACCAGGAGAGGUGAAUUCUCUUGGAGAGCCAUACGAUUUCGACAGCAUUAUGCAUUAUGCCAGAAAUACUUUCUCCAGGGGUAUGUUUCUGGAUACUAUCUUGCCUUCUCGAGAUGAGAACGGAGUGAGGCCAGCCAUUGGUCAGAGGACCAGACUUAGUAAAGGAGACAUCUCUCAGGCUAAGAAACUCUACAGAUGUCCAGCCUGUGGAGAGACAUUACAGGACUCGAUGGGGAAUUUCUCUUCACCCGGUUAUCCAAACGGAUAUCCCUCAUACACACACUGUGUGUGGAGAAUCUCUGUCACACCAGGAGAGAAGAUUGUGCUGAACUUCACCACUAUGGACCUGUAUAAGAGCAGUCUGUGCUGGUACGACUACAUUGAGGUGCGUGACGGAUAUUGGAGGAAAGCCCCAUUGUUAGGUCGGUUUUGUGGAGAUAAAGUCCCAGAAGUGCUGGUCUCUACAGAGAGUCGGAUGUGGAUCGAAUUCCGCAGCAGCAGCAACUGGGUGGGCAAGGGAUUUGCAGCCGUUUAUGAAGCCAUCUGUGGGGGUGAUAUUAGUAAAGAUUCAGGGCAGAUCCAGUCUCCAAACUACCCAGAUGACUACCGUCCGUCAAAAGAGUGUGUGUGGAGGAUCACUGUCUCAGAGGGCUACUACGUUGGCCUCAGUUUUCAGGCUUUUGAGAUUGAGCGCCAUGACAGCUGUGCGUAUGACUACUUGGAAGUACGAGACGGACUGUCUGAGAACAGCCCUCUGAUUGGUCGGUUCUGCGGUUACGAUAAACCUGAGGAUAUCCGCUCCACUUCCAACACACUGUGGAUGAAAUUCGUCUCUGAUGGCACUGUCAACAAAGCAGGCUUCGCUGCCAACUUCUUUAAAGAGGAAGAUGAAUGUGUGAAGCCAGAUAAAGGCGGUUGUGAACAGAGGUGUGAGAACACACUGGGAAGUUUCAGAUGUGCGUGUGAUCCCGGUUACGAACUCGCUCCUGACAAGAAGAGCUGUGAAGCGGCGUGUGGUGGACUGCUGUCGAAGUUGAAUGGGACCAUUACGACGCCCGGCUGGCCAAAGGAAUACCCCCCCAAUAAGAACUGUGUGUGGCAGGUCGUGGCCCCCACCCAGUAUCGCAUAUCCAUGCAGUUUGAGGCGUUCGAACUGGAGGGCAAUGAGGUGUGCAAGUACGACUUUGUAGAGGUGCGCAGCGGCCUGUCGUCAGACUCUAAGCUUCAUGGGAAAUACUGUGGCACUGAGGUCCCAGAGGUCAUCACCUCCCAGUACAACAACAUGCGCAUCGAGUUCAAGUCUGAUAACACUGUGUCUAAGAAAGGCUUCAAAGCACACUUCUUCUCCGAUAAGGAUGAAUGCUCUAAGGAUAAUGGCGGUUGUCAACAUGAAUGUGUCAACACCAUCGGCAGUUACGUGUGUCAGUGUCGCAAUGGCUUCAUACUACAUGAGAACAAACACGACUGCAAGGAAGCGGAAUGCGAACACAAGAUCCACAGCCCCAGCGGGACCAUCAGCAGCCCAAACUGGCCUGAUAAAUACCCCAGUCGCAAAGAGUGCACCUGGGACAUCACCGCCACGCCCGGACACCGCGUCAAAAUCUCCUUUAAUGAAUUUGAGAUCGAACAACACCAGGAGUGCGCGUACGAUCACCUGGAGGCGUUCGACGGCGACUCGGACAAGGCGGCCAUCUUGGGUCGACUGUGCGGCAGUAAGAUUCCCGAGCCACUCGUCUCCACGGGCAACAAGAUGUACCUGCGCUUCAUCUCCGACGCCUCGGUCCAGCGCAAGGGCUUUCAGGCCACUCACUCCACAGAGUGUGGCGGCAGGUUAAAGGCUGAGUCUAGACAGAAGAACCUGUAUUCCCACGCUCAGUUUGGAGAUAAUAACUACCCCGGUCACACAGACUGUGAGUGGCUGAUCACGGCAGAGACGGGCUACGGCAUUGAACUCACCUUCACCACCUUUGAGGUGGAGGAGGAGGCUGACUGCGGUUACGACUACAUCGAACUUUACGACGGUUACGAUACGGGCGCCCACAAACUCGGACGCUUCUGUGGAUCUGGGCCUCGUGAGGAACUUUACUCGGCUGGUGAUGCCAUAUUGAUCCAUUUCCACACCGAUGACACCAUCAGUAAAAAAGGAUUUCAUAUUCGCUACAUCAGUACCAAAUUUCAGGAGGCGUUACACCCCCACAAGUAA